GUGUGUGUGCAGGAGGUGGCGGGUCCCGUCUCCGGAGGAAGGUGGGGAGCUGUGGCAGGAGGAUGGCUCCAACCCCAUGCCUGGGGUAAAGGAGCACUGCUUGCUUUUGGAAAACCCCUCCGGGGAGGUGGGAUUCCCGCUGUGCAGGAGAGCAUCCCUCCUGCAUCCUGCCCCUUCCCGAGUGCUGGUUUUCCUAUCGCCUUGAGGAGCAGAUCGUGGCUCCAAACCAGCCGAACCCACAUGGGGCUUCCUUGCUGGCCAGGACCCAGGUCUUGUGAGCCCCCGGGGCUCAGGGCUUUGUGGAGAAGCAGCCACCAGAAGGAAAAGUCACUUCAGCACAUUUCCCCGUGAGCAGAGGAGCGGAAGAAGCCGGGUUCGGUUUGGGGGGAAAAACCCAGUGAAAAUCCACGUUUCCCCGAGGUGGGAAGAAACUUGCUGAACCGACCCCAGAUGGGAGGAAGCACCCGGGAGUGAUAAAUCUGCUCUCUCCCCCCCCUGCAAGAAUUCCUCCUUGCUCCAAAAGCAUCGUUCUUCACUGGAGGGAGAGGGGGACACCCCGUCCUGUUGGGAACAGGAGGUAGCCAGGAGCAUCCUCCUUUGGGGGGCAGGUGGUGCUGGGGAAGGUGGUGGGAUUUCCUGGACCCCCCCCGGGGGGAGAAGAGGAGCCCUGGCCAUGGAGUUUCAGGCGGUGGCACUCUCCUUCAUCCUCACUUUGCCAGUCUCUUCUCUUGCUUCUGGCAACGAACUUCAGCCCCACAUGCCCCACGUCUGCGCGGAGCAGGAGCUGGCGAUGGUGGGGCACCGGCAGCCCUGCACCCGCGCCUUCACCCGCACCGUCAAGGUCUGGAAGCAGGACUGUGGGGACCACCGGUGGUGUGCGGGCUACGAGCGCAGAACGACCUAUUACACGGGGUACAGGCAGGUGUACAGGGUGAGACACCAGACCACCUACCGGUGCUGCCCGGGCUGGGCACAGCUGGAGGGGGACGCCGGCUGCCUCUACCCUGCCUGUGGCCACGGGCUGUGCCUCAACGGUGGGACCUGCGCAGGGGGACGGUCGCAGCUCUGCCAUUGCCCCUCCGGUUUCCAAGGACCUCGCUGUCAGUACGAUGUCGACGAGUGCCAGGUCCACAACGGGGGCUGCCAGCACCGCUGUGUGAACACCCUCGGAUCUUACUACUGCGAGUGCAAGCCCGGCUUCCGCCUGCACACGGAUGGCAGGACCUGCAUUGCUGUGAACACGUGUGCCCUCAACAACGGCGGCUGUGAACACGACUGCGUGCAGGUGACACUGACACAGCACCAGUGCCGCUGCCGCCACAACUACCAGCUGCGGGAAGACGGCAAACGCUGCGUCCUGAGGAACCCCUGCGCCGACAGGAACGGGGGCUGCAUGCACCGGUGCCACAACCAGCGUGGGACAGCCCGCUGCGAGUGCCACCCUGGCUACAAGCUGGCCCCCGACAACAAGGCGUGUGAAGAUGUGAACGAGUGUCUGACGGGACAAGCCCUGUGUGCCCACCAGUGCCUCAACACCCGCGGCUCCUUCAAGUGUACCUGUAACCCGGGCUACGAGCUGGGGGCCGAUGGCAAGCAAUGCUACCGGAUAGAAAUGGAGAUUGUGAACAGCUGCGAAGCCAACAAUGGUGGCUGUUCCCAUACCUGCCACCACACCAGCUCUGGCCCUGUCUGCACCUGCAACUUUGGCUAUUGGCUCGAGGAGGACCAGAAGACGUGCACAGAUGUCAAUGAGUGCGACAGUGGCUCUCACUGCUGUCAGCAAGACUGUUACAACUACCCUGGGGGCUACGAGUGUGCCUGCUACGCGGGGUACAGGCUGAGCGCCGACGGCUGUGGGUGUGAUGACGUGGAUGAGUGCUCGUCCCACGAGGCUGGAUGUGAACACACGUGCCAGAACCAGCUGGGGUCUUUCCAGUGUGGCUGCGAGAUCGGGUACAAGCUGGAUGAGGACCGAAGGAGCUGUGUCUCUCUAGAGGACCCUGUGGAAGCUCUGGAUGCCCAGCGCCCCGUCAUCCGCCCCAUCCCUCACGUCGCAAUCCUGCGAGAUGAGUUCACCCAGCUCUUCAACGACGACGACGAGGAGGAGGAGGAAGAGAUGGAAGCAAGAGGGGAGCACACACUUUCAGAAAAAUUCGUCUGCCUGGAGCACACCUUUGGCCCUGACUGCAGCCUGACCUGCGAGGACUGCCAGAACGGGGGCACCUGCACCACGGAGGGGACCGGCUGUGACUGUCCUGCGGGCUGGACCGGCCUCCUCUGCAACCAGACUUGCCCAGAUGGCACCUUCGGCAGGAACUGCAGCCUGGCCUGUCGCUGCCAGAACGGUGGCACCUGCGACCCCACCACCGGCGCCUGCCGCUGCCCGCCCGGGGUGGCUGGUGAGCUCUGCCAGGACGGGUGCCCCAAAGGAUUUUUUGGGAAACAAUGCAGGAAAAAGUGCAACUGUGCCAACCGGGGUCGCUGCCAUCGGAUUUACGGAGCCUGUCUCUGCGAUCCUGGCUUAUACGGACGAUACUGCCAUUUGGUUUGUCCCAAGUGGGCGUUUGGCCCCGGCUGCUCCGAGGAGUGUCGCUGCCAGCAGCAGAACACGCAGGACUGCGACCGGAGGGACGGCUCCUGCCGCUGCAAACCCGGCUUCCGCGGCAAGCGCUGCGAGACCAGCUGUGACCCUGGCUAUUACGGGGAUGGCUGCAAGAAGAAGUGUAGCUGCCCUCCAGGAGUGUCUUGUGACCAUGUCACUGGGGAGUGCUGGAAAGAGUGUCCCCCGGGCUACCACGGGGAGAGCUGCGACCAAG